CCCAAGUUCCUUGUCCGAUUGAUUUUUCCACAAAGAAUGCUCAGUUACAAUUUCCAGAACAAAAAUCUGAGAUCCUUGAGCGAAAGAAUCCAGAGUCCACGGAAUCUCUUUUUGUCAUCUCAUCCCAGUAACGGUUAACUGGUGCCCAUUGCUUCAAUACCACGCGUUUCGCCAUCUGAUUGAUUCUGUGGGUGGGUCAUUAGCUGUUGACGGAAUGCCGGCGAAAGACGAUAACUCCGAUAAGGAGAAGAAUCUGGAGCUCUUCUUGAGUAUCGGAUUGGAUGAGCGAACUGCCAAAAACACCGUUGCUAACAGCAAAGUCACUGCUAAUCUCAUUGCCGUCAUUCACGAGGCUGCGGUUACUAAUGGAUGCAGUAGAAGUGUUGGAAAUCUCUUAUACACGGUCGCUACAAAGUACCCCGCGAAUGCGCUUGUGCAUCGCCCAACAUUACUGGAAUAUGUUGUUUCAUCAAAGAUUAAAACAACAGCUCAGUUAGAAGCAGCGUUUACAUUUUUUUCAAAUACUGGCCCAGAAGAUUUUAAGCUGAAUGAAUUUGAAGAUGCAUGUGGUGUUGGUGUUGAGGUUUCAGAAGAAGAAAUUAAAGAAGCUGUAAAUGAGAUUUUUGAACAGAAUAAGGAAGUAAUUUUGGAGCAGCGCUAUCGAAUAAAUUUGGGUGGUUUAUAUGCACCAUUUUGGAAGAAGCAUCCAUGGGCUGAUCCAAAAAUAGUGAAGAAACACUUUGAUGAUAAAUUAUUUGAAUUACUUGGUGAAAGGACUGCAGCAGAUAACGAAAAGGUCCCUAAAAAGAAGAAAGAGAAGCCUGCUAAAGUUGAGGAAAAACCAGUUGCCGAAUCUGCCGCAGGACAGCCAUCUGAAGAUCUAAAUCCAUUUUUGAUCUUCCCUCAACCUGAGGAAAAUCAUAAGGUGCAUACUGAAGUUUUCUUCAGUGAUGGUUCCAUCCUCAGAUGUUUGAAUACAAAGGAUCUGCUUGAAAAACAUUUAAAAUUAACUGGAGGGAGAGUACAAACCCGAUUUCCUCCUGAACCAAAUGGGUAUCUGCAUAUUGGUCAUGCCAAGGCAAUGUUUAUUGACUUUGGCCUGGCAAAAGACCGGGGUGGGGGGUGCUACCUCAGGUAUGAUGACACAAACCCAGAAGCUGAAAAGAAAGAAUAUAUUGAACAUAUCGAAGAGAUUGUCAAGUGGAUGGGUUGGGAGCCCUUUAAGAUCACUUAUACUAGUGAUUACUUUCAAGAUCUGUAUGAUUUAGCAGUGGAGCUCAUAAGAAGGGGCCAUGCAUAUGUUGAUCAUCAGACACCUGAAGAGAUAAAGGAUUAUAGGGAAAAAAAGAUGAACAGUCCUUGGAGGGACAGACCCACUGCAGAAUCUUUGAAGCUUUUUGAGGAUAUGAGACGUGGCCUCAUUGAGGAAGGCAAAGCAACACUUAGAAUGAAGCAAGACAUGCAGAGUGAUAAUUUUAAUAUGUAUGAUCUUAUUGCCUACCGAAUCAAGUUUACUCCUCAUCCACAUGCUGGAGACAAGUGGUGUAUCUAUCCAAGUUAUGAUUAUGCUCACUGCAUAGUGGAUUCUCUUGAGAAUAUCACACAUUCGCUCUGUACACUUGAAUUUGAGACACGGCGUGCUUCAUAUUACUGGCUAUUGCAUUCCUUGGGCCUUUACCAACCUUAUGUAUGGGAAUACUCAAGGUUGAAUGUUAGCAACACUGUUAUGUCAAAGCGUAAGUUAAAUAGACUAGUGACGGAAAAAUGGGUAGAUAGUUGGGAUGACCCACGACUCUUGACACUAGCUGGUUUACGACGUAGGGGUGUGACAUCAACGGCAAUCAAUGCUUUUGUUAGAGGAAUUGGAAUCACUAGAAGUGACUCUAGUUUGAUACGUGUGGAUCGCCUUGAGUAUCACAUAAGAGAAGAACUAAACAAAACGGCUAUUCGCACAUUGGUUGUGCUAAAUCCACUCAAGGUUGUUAUUACCAACCUAGAAGCUGGCACUACAUUAGAUCUUGAUGCUAAGAAGUGGCCUGAUGCCCAAGCCGAUGAUGCCUCUGCUUCCUACAAGGUUCCGUUUUCCAAUGUUGUUUACAUUGAGCAUUCUGAUUUUCGGUUGAAAGAUUCAAAAGACUAUUAUGGGCUUGCUCCUGGUAAAUCUGUCCUACUCAGAUAUGCAUUUCCAAUUAAGUGCACUGAUGUUAUUCUAGCUGAUGAUAAGGAAACUGUUCUUGAAAUUCGGGCAGAGUAUGAUCCUGCCAAGAAGACGAAGCCAAAGGGGGUACUUCAUUGGGUUGCAGAACCCUCAUCAGGGGUUGAUCCACUGAAGGUGGAAGUUAGAUUGUUUGACAAACUAUUCCUGUCUGAGAAUCCUGCUGAACUCGAUGACUGGCUUGCUGAUCUUAAUCCACAAUCCAAAGUGGUUAUACCCAAUGCUUAUGCUGUACCUUCUCUUCGAAAUGCAGCUUUCAGUGAUAGGUUUCAGUUUGAAAGGCUUGGCUAUUUUGCACUUGACAAAGAUUCUACUUCCGAAAAGCUGGUUUUUAAUCGGACUGUCACUCUGCGAGAUAGUUACGGUAAGGGUGGGAAAUAGGUUCAUGCGGCAGAAGAAAGUAGAAUGGAAUUAAACAAGGUAGCAGAAGGGCAACAAUCAAUAUGUUAUGUAUAUUGUGUAUGAAAAAUACAACAGGUUAUACGCCCAUACUUGGUGUUGGAAUUUUGUGUCGUAGUUACUUAGAAUACUAUUUGUUAUCAUUUGGUGCAUUGGAUUUGUGAAGAAACUAACUCGACUGGUUGCAUCAAAGAUGACUGUAGUUAAAUACAUGGUCUUAUUUUGUUAAAUGUAGAACUUUAUGUGAUAAGAUUCAGAACAUACGCCCCAUACUUGGUGUUGGAAUUUUGUGUCGUAGUUACUUAGAAUACUAUUUGUUAUCAGUUGGUGCAUUGGAUUUGUGAAGAAACCAACCCGACAGGUUGCAUCAAAGAUGAAUAUGUAGUUAAAUACAUGGUCUUAGUUUGUUAAUUGUAGCCCCUUCUGUGAUAAGAUAAUUUGUUGCUUUGUGUUA